AAAUUUUCUUUCAAUAUUUUAGAUAAACGUUAUUUUAUGUAAUAAACUAUAAAUAUUCUUAGACUAUAAGAUGUUACCUCUUUCUCUGUUACGAACAGCUGUCAAUCAUCCCAUGUUAGUUGAGUUGAAGAAUGGUGAAACAUAUAACGGCCAUCUUGUAAGUUGUGAUAACUGGAUGAAUAUCAAUCUAAGAGAAGUUAUUUGUACGUCUAGAGAUGGUGACCGAUUUUGGAGGAUGCCUGAAUGUUAUGUCAGAGGAAGUACAAUUAAAUAUCUUCGAAUUCCUGAUGAAGUUAUAGAUAUGGUCAAAGAAGAUGUGAUGCAGAAAUCUAAAGGGCGUGGUGAGGUCAGGGGCCGAGGAGGUCGAGGUGGCAGAGGAAGAGGUAAGGAAAACAAAAGGAUGAAAAUUGUUGAAAUCAGAAUGUAA